GUUGCUCUGAGGCGGCGUGCGCGUUCGUGUGGCCUUUGUCCGCUUUCACCAUGGCGUACCGCGGCCAGGGCCAGAAGGUGCAGAAGGUGAUGGUGCAGCCCAUCAACCUCAUCUUCAGAUACUUGCAAAACAGAUCUCGGAUUCAGGUGUGGCUUUACGAGCAAGUGAAUAUGCGGAUAGAGGGCUGUAUCAUUGGUUUUGAUGAGUAUAUGAACCUCGUAUUAGAUGAUGCAGAAGAGAUUCAUUCUAAAACAAAGUCAAGAAAACAACUCGGUCGGAUCAUGCUAAAAGGAGAUAAUAUUACUCUGCUCCAAAGUGUCUCCAACUAGAAAUGAUCAAUGAAGUGAGAAAUUAUUGAGAAGGCAAUACAGUUUGUUUUUAGGUGUCCUUUUUUGGAGUGUAGUUCUAAAACAUUGGUUCAUAUUGUUUUUAUUACUCGUAUGUUAUUACCAGAUGACAAUAAAUGCUUUGGGAUUGUUUUUAUUAAAAAAGUUACAUUGCUUUCUUUCUA